AUGGCAGGUGCUCUGAGUCUCCUGCUGGGGACGCGCGUCCCUGCUGUUGUCGCUCCCUGUGGAUUCGCGACCCAGGGGGUGGCAGGCCCGGGAUCUACCGGCAGCGAGCCGAGCGACCCCGAUUCCGACUGGGAACCAGAGGUGGAGAGCGCCCUGAAACGACAGAAAAAAGCCAUCCUGUUCCAGAAAAUUCGGAGGCAAAUGGAGCCGCGAGGGGCCCCGCCCCGGACGCUGACCAGGGAAGCCAUGGAGCAGAUCCGGUAUUUACAUGAAGAAUUUCCAGAGUCCUGGUCAGUUCCCAGAUUGGCUGAAGGCUUUGCUGUUAGCACCGAUGUGAUCAGAAGGGUUUUAAAAAGCAAGUUUGUACCCACAUUGGAGAAGAAACUGAAGCAGGAUCAAAAAGUCCUUAAGAAAGCUGGGCUUGCCCCCUCGCUCCGCCAGCUUCCAGGCCCUGGGGAGACCUGGAAGCUGCUUUCUGCAGGCCACCCCGUGUCAGGAGGUGAAGCCUCAUCCCAAGGCCAAGGUCACAGCACAGCUUUGAAGGUGAUAGAACCGAAUACGCAGAGUACAAACACUCUGAGGAGACAGAAGGGAAGGAAUAAAGGAGUCCAGAGCCUGGAGAAGGAAAGCUUUGUGCCUGUUGCUGCAGCCCAAGGUCAUCAGAGAGUGCUGCAGAAGUUCUCCACCAGCGAUUGUGAGGGCACCAGAGGCACUGGCAGUGAUGGAUUGCCAAGUGCGCAGAAGCUGAAAGAGUUGAGGGCAAGAGAACUGGGUGACCAGAACUUCAGCAGCAAGGUCGUGCAGAAGCAGCAAGAGUUCUUUGACGACAAUGGGAACUUCCUGUAUAGCAUUUGAACUGGAGCCUGGCUUAGGGAGAUGUCACGUAAAACACAGCUGAGCGAGUAUAUUUGAACUGCCUGGAUUUCCGUGUGUGGAUUAUCCACCUUGGAAGUGAUGAGCCUGGAAAUGGAAGGAGCUGCUUGGAUUUCAAUCUGACAAGGGACAGUGAACUUCACAGGGCAGAUGCAUAUGCAGGCAGCGUUUGAAUAACGGGCUAGGUAUAGUCUAGCUCCUGGAGCAUGGCUCCUGGUCUGACCCAUGUGGGUAUUCAGUACUCACCCUUCUUGCUGAGGCUUUCUCUGUGUCAAAAUCAGCCUGUGUCGCAUGUGUUAGGAGUUCGUUGUAUUUGUAAUAUGUUUGGAAGGAAUUGAAGUUUUCCUUCUGGCAUCGUUUACUUCUUGAUUAAGGAACACUAACAGUUCUAGAGCUGCUUAGUCAAUUGGUUGUAUUCGUUUUGUGCAAAAUAAAGUGAAAUGUAGCCAUCAAAAAAAAAAAAAA